AUGGGAAACAAAGUCUCGGUCGUGCGUGGAGUCAAGUCAGACCAUUUCUACAACCAGCAAAACGGCAUCAACGAGAUCUGGGUCGGCGACGUCGAAAUCAUCUCACGCCUUCCCUUCGGCGAUUCUGAUCAAGAACAAUCUAGCUGGCCUCCAGGAGGAGUUCCAAAGAUACCGUGGCAUCAAUUCAUCAUCCCACUUCACAAACGAGACGAGGUCGGCAACAUGAGUGCAUCGAGUGUCUCAAACAUCCCAACAUCCGCUUGCUAUGCAUCGCUUCCCACAUCUGGAUACUAUGGCAUGUUCACGGGAAUGCCACCCCGUGCGUCAUACCAAAUCGGGGUAUUCCUUCUCUUUGGAGCAGUUUCGAUGGGAAUGCUCUUUGUUUCGCUGGUCGUCAUGAACUUUGUGAUGCAACUGGUAGAGUCCAGAUUAUCAAUUGAGGGCGAGCAUCGCAGCGAUUGUGCGCUGCUGCGGCGGCAGCGGGUGUUUCAUUUCACAAUGCUUCUGGUGGCCGCUGCGUUCCUGGUUUUUUCGAUACUGUUGGCGGCUUUGGGGCUUCCUGCCCUGGCAGCCGGCAUUCAACAUCCAAACGCCUCGUUCUGGAUUUUGGAGGAUGGGAUCUCCGCCAUAUUUGUUACUGUCGUGGUGGUUUGUUGGUAUUACAUCAAGUAUUACAUCAAAGCACGAGUGAGAUCAGCGAACACCAAUCAGGCGGAGGACCAGAAUUUGCAGACCAUCCCGGCUACUUGUGAAUGUGAAAAGGUAUAG